CCUGUUGACAGAUUGCCGGUGCCUCUACAAGCAGUUUUGGAGCCAGUUACUAGUAAUGCUCCACGACAGCCAUAUAGCAAGACCAAAGUUAUUGCUUCCGCUGCAAUUAUAUCUCUAGCUGCUUAUAUUACAAACUAUAUUUACCGAAGACGACUCGAAAAUUUUGGCUCUCAAACUAUAUCUCCAUUAUCAGGAACGAGUAGUAAAUUUGACGUUUUCGAGGGUCCAACGCCCGGAAAUAACAAAUAUACCUUGACAGUACCUUAUAAAAAUCGUACCGCGAAAGUUACUAUCCGCCCAACUUCCACUGAAACUUUUAAAAAGCACAAGAAAUUCUUUCCUCCCGUUACUAGUGCUCAAAGAGUUGGAGUAAACAAAGUUUUUUUUAAGCAACUUUCUGCGAUUUUUAAAGUUAUCAUACCAAAAAUCAGAUCAAAAGAAGUUAUUAUCUUGGUGCUACAUUCUAUAUUUCUGGUGUUAAGAACAUGGUUAAGCAUUGUUGUGGCAAAGCUGGAUGGAAGAAUUGUUCGAGAUCUAGUUGCUGCGAAUGGAAAAGAAUUUCUUAAAGGAAUAAUGUAUUGGUUUGCUAUAGCAAUUCCAGCGACAUACACAAAUAGCAUG